AUGCUGGAUAAUAAACUGCACAAAAUUUGUGAAGGGAAGACGAAAGAGAUUUUUGUCGCAGACGCCGAAAAGAAUAUUGUUUUCAUUAAAAGCAAGAAUGAUAUUACCGCUUUUAAUGCUUUGAGGAGAAACGUCAUUGAAGGUAAAGCUGAUAUUGCCAACGAAACUACUUGUGCUGUCUUCGAAUAUCUGAAUAAGCUAGGGUUUGAAACUCAUUUCUUAUCAUUCCAUGAACGACCAGACGGAAAAGGUUUUUUGGCCAAACGUUGCCAAAUGAUCCCGCUCGAAUGGGUCGCUCGCAGAGUAGCAACUGGGUCGUUCUUGAAACGAAACCCAGGUGUCAGAGAAGGAUAUCGAUUUGAUGUUCCUAAAACUGAAGUCUUCUAUAAAGACGAUGCAGCUAAUGAUCCUCAAUGGUCGUUCGAGCAAAUUAUUGCUGCUGACUUCCAAUUCAAUGGCCGGAAAAUAGGGGAACGCGAAGUGAAACUAAUGACGAAAGCGACAGAAACGGUUUUCCGCGUGCUCGAGAAAGUUUGGUCAAAACGUAACUGUGCGCUCAUCGACAUGAAGAUUGAAUUUGGAGUGACUGCGGAGGGCAGAAUAGUGAUUGCUGAUGUAAUUGACAACGAUAGCUGGAGAGUGUGGCCAGCAGGAGACCGUCGUCUGCAGCUGGAUAAACAGUUCUACAGGGAUUUGGAAGAAGUCGAUGACACGGCGUUGUCGAAACUUAGAGAAAAUUAUCAGAAGGUUGCAGAAUUCACUAAAAGUUUUAUAACCCCAAUAGCCACCAGAGUUGUUAUAAUAAUGGGAUCACCAAGUGAUAUGGAAUACGCAUUGGAAGUCUCAGAAGUCGUUAGAAGUUUUGAUAUACCUGUCUUUAAAAGAAUAGCGUCUGCUCACAAAACUACCGAUGCCGUUUUACAAAUUGUAGCUCAAUAUGAAGACAACAUACCAACUGUAUUUAUUGCCGUCGCCGGACGCAGCAAUGGUUUGGGCCCGGUAGUUGCUGCGAACACAGCAAGUCCGGUAAUCAACGCCCCGCCUGCUUCAGAGUGGUCAACCAAUGAUAUUUGGUCGUCUUUGAGGAUGCCAUCUGGCAUUGGCAGUACGACUGCACUUGGGGCUGAAGAAGCUGCUUUAGCAGCGGUGAAGAUGCUUUCGUCCCAAAGUCAUAUGGUAUAUGGGCGUUUGUUGGUAAUGCAGUAUAGGAAUCUGGCAAAUGUUUUGGUGGGUUUUGGAAAUUACUGCUUCUAA